ACUAACCUCGAAAGGUUGUGCAGAAUUUUUUUUUUUUUUUGGAUUUAAGUAGAAUGCCAUCUUUAUGUGUUUCAGUGUUGGGCUACAGGGCGUUGUCUUUGUUUCAACUUUAUUAUAGUUUCAAGGGAAGAUAAUAUACUUUUACUUUGUUUAAAGUAACUUGAAGUUGGACAAAUUGUUCUUCUUUGUUUAAAGCAGAAGUUAGAAACCUUUCAACGGGGGUUACCAUGCUUCACUCUGUCGCAAUAUCCAUUAACACGUGCCAACUGCCCAACCCCCACAUUGUUAGGUUAGGUUUCAUCGAGGCGUGUUCUGCUUAAACUCUUGCAAGACACAAGCCCACAAGCGAACUAUCUCCCCCGUACCAGCAGCAAUCUAAGCUCUAGUACCAUGCCUCGGCUCACCAAUUCUGACAGCCGUGUUGCUGUCCUUGCCUUCCCCUUAGCCACCCACGCUGCUCCACUCCUCACCAUCAUCAACCGCCUAGCCGCGGCAUCCCCAACCACUUUGUUCUCCUUCUUCAGCACUGCACAAUCCAACAACUCUUAUCUUCUCCACCACGUCUCAACAACCGAAACCAAACAUUAAAGCCUAUAACGUACCAGAUGGAGUGCUGGAUGGUUAUGUUUUUGUUGGGAAGCCUCAGGAGGAUAUUGAGUUGUUCAUGCAAGUGGCACCGGAGAACUUAAGGAAGGGAAUGGAAGUGGCCGGGGCAGAGACGGGGAGCAAAGUGAGCUGCUUGGUUACCGAUGCAUUCUUUUGGUUUGCCAAAGAGAUGGCAGAGGAGAAUGGUUUGCCUUGGCUACCCUUUUGGACUGCGGGGGCUUGCGCCCUCUCUUCUCCUGUUUACACUGAUCUUGUGAGGGAAAAAUUAGGAGUUGGAGGCAUUGUUGGGCGAGAAGACGAAACCCUCAAUUUCACUCCUGGAAUGUCUAAUAUACGCAUCCGUGACUUGCCUGAAGGAAUCCUCUUCGGAAGUCUGGAAUCAGUCUUCUCGCGCAUGCUACAUCGAAUGGGGCAAGUGCUACCU